UAGAAAGUGCGAAAGAUGCGUCUAUCUCUAUCCCCACCUUUAGCGUAUGGUUGCCGCUAUCGUGCGCCUUCUCUUAAACACCUCUUAACCUUCACCCUCCUCCCUCAACCCCAUCGUCAUCACCAUCAUCAUCGUCUCACAGUCUCAGCUCCCUUAUUACCCACCCCUCUCUCGCUCUCUUCUCAGCCCCCAAAUCCUAAUUUCUUCACGGGCAACACUCUCUUCUUUCGCAUGGAGGGUGAUUUGCAGCGAUUCUGGAGUGGAAGUAGCAUUAAUAAGAACAAAGCAAUGGUGGAGCAUUUGAAGACUUAUGGAGUGAUCUCAUCAAAGAAAGUAUCUGAAGUAAUGGAGAGUAUUGAUAGGGUUUUGUUUGUACCUGAUGGGAAUGCGCCUUAUUAUGAUAGUCCCAUGCCGAUAGGUUACAAUGCUACUAUUUCUGCCCCUCAUAUGCAUGCCACAUGCCUUCAGUUGUUGGAGGAGAAAUUGCAGCCUGGCAUGCAUGCUUUGGAUGUUGGCUCAGGAACCGGGUAUUUGACAGCUUGUUUUGCACUGAUGGUUGGACCACAAGGUCGUGCUGUUGGUGUGGAACAUAUUCCUGAGUUGCUAUCUUCCUCGAUCCAGAAUAUUCAAAAAAGUGCAGCGGCUCCAUUAUUGAAAGAAGGUUCCCUUUCGGUGCAUGUUGGUGAUGGAAGGCUGGGUUGGCCGGAGCAUGCACCUUAUGAUGCUAUUCAUGUUGGGGCAGCAGCUCCAGAAAUCCCGCAGGCACUUAUUGACCAGUUGAAGCCUGGAGGAAGACUGGUGAUUCCUGUUGGAAGUAUAUUUCAAGAUUUAAAGGUGAUUGACAAGAACAAGGAUGGUUCGUUGAGCAUCCGGAGUGAGACCUCUGUUCGUUACGUACCUCUCACUAGUCGAGAUGCUCAGUUGCGAGGUGCCUGACGGUUGGGAUAGAUUUCUUUCCUGGAGUUGUGUGUUUGUAGUUGAAGUUGGGGUUGCGCAACUACUACUUCUUUGGGUUUGUUUUGUUUUUCUCUGUUACUUCUUGUAUAUAUGAUGUCGUUGAUCUUCUAUGCACAAUAAUACGUGAUUUGGUACA